AUGCCUACUGAUAACGUGGAUGUUGGUAGUCGUUUUGUUGGACGUUCCAAGCAGUUGGAGGAUCCUUUUGUGAAGACACUGAAAAUCAAGGUGAAUACUCUUAAGCGUAAUAUGAAGGAUUUUGAGUUUGCUAAGAAAGAGGUCAUUUGUGAGACGGCUCGUCUGGAAUCUAUUAAGCGAGAUAAUCCGGAACGCGUGAAUCAGCAGGAAAAUGUUAUUGGUGAGGCACAGAUGAUGGUUCCUCAUUCAGAGAACAGGGUGCGAGCAGCUCUAAAGGACCUUAAAGAAUUUUUAAAUGAGGGGAAUUUGAACGAUAAAGAUGAAGAGUUGGUGCGGAGCGCAUAUCAGGCAUUGGAAGAAGGGGAACAUGUAUUAUCGUAA